UUCCAGAUUACGGUUGAGAUGGGAGGGAAAAAAACAGCAGGGUUUGUCUGUGGACUGCUGAGUCUCGUAAGAAAGCAGAAAGCUUCCUUGGAGGGAUCAACAUUGUUAGAAAAGAGUCUGACCCACAAUUGGCUGACAUACUGUGCCACUGACCUCUUCCACUGCCCAACUUAUGAGGCCUUUUAUUCAUGUUUGAGGCACAUUGAUAGACAGCUGGCCAACCGAGCAUUCCUCUCCGGCAGUUUACUAACCAUUGCUGACGUUGCAGUUUUUGUUGCCUUACAUCCAUUUAUUAUUAAUUGGUCUUUCCAGCAGAAGGAACAGUAUGUCAACAUAUCUCGAUGGUUUGACUCCAUGCAGAGCGACACGUACCUCAGUAAAACCUACUCAAAUGUCAAGUUUUCCCGCACACUGCUCUACGAUGGAACUGGUAGAGGGCACUGAUAAUACCCUUGCAUUAGCUAUAUUGAAAACUUAUUUCACAAAGAAAGCUAAUGAAUUGGUACACUGUUUCUUACUAAAUGAUACAUGAAUGAU